GAUGUUGUGAUAUGUAUGUACGUAGAUAGAUAGAGGCAGGCACACAUACGGUAUACCACGGGAGGCAGGCGAUGUGGGCCGUCGUCGGCCGUCCCAUCCGAUAAUGAUGAUGAUGAGGGAUGCUUAUUACCUGGGUAUACGGCAAACAUGGAAGCUCGUCAACCAGCGGCCGGCCGGCCCGCACGCUGGAGCGCCGAGAAUCAAAGAUUGGAAACCCCGAUGGGCUGCAGUGGGACAUCACCUGGUGAAUGCGCCCAGUGGACGGAAUGUCUAUCGAGCGAUGAUUUUUGUUAUUAUUUUGAAACAUGGACAUUCUCGAAGUCCUGGACUGCAGCACAUGGGAGAGAGGGAGAGAGAGAGCCGCCGGUCCGACGGCGAAACCACACGGGACCCGCCGCGAGCCGUGGAACUGUCUACGAAGAAGACGGACUCGAGGAGACUUUCUCCCCGCAGAUUUCCCUCUUCCAUUCAUACAUGCCACUCGCGACGAGAAGACGACGACGGUGUCUGCGAACAACGGCACUGGAAUAGAGGUGACGGUGGCCAUAGUGGAGGAAGUGACAGCAGCGAGCGGAUCAAAAGCAGCGUGGAAAUACCGAGACCGUGAUGAUCGUGAGACCUAUCCAUGAAGUCGCUUCUUUUUCCGCGAGAAGGAUUUUUCCUUGUGGUAAAAAGUUUUCCCUUCCUUUCCUUUCCUAUCAUUCCUUUCAUUUCCUUCAAUUCCUUCAUUUUCUCUCCUGUCUGUACUCGCAGAGGCGAUCCCCUCGUGAAGCCGAAGCUAAAACCGAAGCCGAAGACAUUUUACCUUUUCCCUCCCAUACCCAAUAC